AUGAGCAAGCUCAGAUUCGUUCUCAGUCUCCUAUUUUCCACGGCGAUCUGCUUUUCUCUUCCUCCGAUCGCCGCUAGAGGCGGCCACUCCGACUAUAUCCACGCAGUUUUAGGUGAUGGAAAUUCUAGUCUUUAUGGUACUGCGAGACACUUAUUUUCUCAGGAAGAGCCUCGACCGAGUUUGGAAUUAACUCGAGGGUACAUGACGAACGGUGAUCUUGAGAAAGCAAUGAAAGAUUUUACCAAAAGAUGCAGCAAGAUUUCGAGACUAUACAGCAUCGGCAAGAGUGUCAAUGGAUUUCCUUUGUGGGUCAUAGAGAUUUCAGACAAGCCUGGAGUGUUAGAGGCUGAACCUGCAUUCAAGUACGUAGGGAAUGUACAUGGAGAUGAACCUGUAGGGCGUGAGCUCUUAUUACGUCUUGCAAACUGGAUUUGUGAUAACUAUGAGAAGGAUCCAUUGGCUCAGAUGAUUGUUGAAAAUGUUCACCUUCAUAUAUUGCCAUCACUGAAUCCAGAUGGCUUUACAGCCAGGAAACGUAACAAUGCAAACAAUGUGGAUCUUAACCGCGACUUCCCUGACCAGUUCUUUCCGGUUAAUGAGAACUUGGGUUUGAGACAACCUGAAACUAGGGCAAUUAUGACUUGGCUGAGCGAGAACCGAUUCACAGCAUCGGCCACUUUGCAUGGGGGUGCCCUGGUAGCAAAUUUUCCAUGGGAUGGUACAGAGGACAAGAGAAAAUACUAUUAUCCAUGUCCUGAUGAUGAGACAUUCCGGUUCUUGGCAAAAAUUUAUAGCAAAUCUCACCGUAAUAUGUCUUUGAGCAAAGAAUUCGAGGAAGGAAUCACAAAUGGAGCAUCCUGGUACCCAAUUUAUGGUGGUAUGCAGGACUGGAAUUACAUACAUGGAGGAUGCUUUGAAUUGACUCUGGAGAUAAGUGACAACAAGUGGCCUCCUGCAUCAGAGCUUCCCACCAUUUGGGAGUACAACAGAAUGAGCAUGCUGAAUCUUGUUGCAAGCUUAGUGAAGACAGGAGUUCAUGGGCGGAUCUUUUCAGUAGACGAGGGAAAGCCACUGCCUGGGCUUGUUGUGGUCAAGGGGAUUAACUAUACGGUAAAAGCUCACCAAGCGUACGCAGACUAUCACCGGUUGCUUGCACCUGGACAAAAAUAUGAAGUCACAGCAUCGUCCCCUGGAUACAAACCGAAAACAACGACUGUUUGGUUAGGUGAAAACGACGCCGUUACAGCUGAUUUCAUUCUCAUUCCAGAAGCAAGUUCCGGAGGCAAACUACGGAGAAGCAUAUGUGACUGUAGCAGCUGCGGUCAGCCGCUUCUAACGCGGUUUUUCGCAGAGACGAAUAACGGAAUCACGUUUGCGCUUGUCGUGGUUGUAGCGUUCCUGUGUUUUUUGUUGCAAAGAAGGAUGAGAUUUAACCUCUGGAAGCAAAGACAAUCCUCUAGAAGGUCAUCAAUAACAGUAUGA